GCUAUUUGUCAUAAGAGAACUCGGGACCGUGCUUAUCAGCAAUCCACUCAACUACGCAUACGUAAUCCUCCCUAUGAAAUAUCAAUCAGUUCUAACCGCAAUUGUUUAAAAGUCAGGAGCACAGAAGCCAAAUAUACUCACAAGAAUUUGCUUAAUCAAUUUGUGACGGAUUUCAGCAUAUUGUUGGACAGACGCUUUAAAUCUAAUAAUAAAUAAACUCAUUUAAAAACAUAACAAGCAAACAUUUAUGUCAAAAACAUUUUGACGUUUUCGAAAAGCUUUAAAACAUGUUCCUUGCAGUUUCUAUUGCACAUUUAACUGCUGAUCAGUGAAUUAGUCAAUGAAUGACAACAGAAAAGUAUGUGGGUAUUUUUUGACGUUCGACGACAGGUCACAUUAUUUCUACAUGUGCCGGGUCGGCAGCUAAACUUCAGAUAAAAAAACCAAACGAAUCGAAGCGUCCAGAAACAAACGAAAUCUAAUUCAAAACCAGUACAAAUACUCCAAACCAUGGCUGCUGAGGAGGGAAAGUUUGACAACAUACUGCUGGCCGUGGCCGAGAAGCAUCACGGUGGCGUGCCCGAGUUCCUUGGCACUUUGGCCAGUUUUCUGCGCCGCAAGACCGACUUCUUCACGGGAGCCAAGCAGACGGAGUGGGAGAAGCUGCUGCUGGAUGUCUUCAACAAGGAGUCCAAGCUGGCCGUAACUGAAAACUACGAAAAGAUAAAGGCUCGCGAAGCUUCCCAGCGCCUAAAGGCGGAGAAGGAGAGAGCCGAAAGGAAGGCCCGCAAGCAGGAGAUUGACGAUAAUAAAAUAUGUGAUAUCACUGACGAAGAGGCAGCGGCCAUUAUCAAGGAGGAGGAGACCAAAAAACGCCAGCAGCUGCUGGAUAGCGCUGGUGGAGAGCCAUCUGCCUCGAACCGAGAUGGCAUCUCCAAGCCCAUCGAGAAAGUGGACGAUGAAUCCGAUAAGAGUGAGCUGGGUAAGCUGAUGCCGAAUGCAGGCAAUGGCUGCACCUUGGAAAACUACACCUGGACCCAAACUCUGGAGGAGGUGGAGCUCAAGAUUCCGUUCAACUUAACAUUCGGUCUACGCGCCCGUGAUCUAGUGAUCAGUAUUGGUAAGAAGUCGCUGAAGGUGGGCAUCAAAGGUCAAACGCCCAUCAUCGAUGGCGAACUGUGCGGCGAGGUGAAGACGGAGGAGUCCGUGUGGGUCUUGCAAGACAGCAAAACCGUGAUGAUCACUCUUGAUAAGAUCAAUAAGAUGAACUGGUGGAGCCGCCUGGUCACAACCGAUCCAGAGAUCUCGACGCGCAAGAUCAAUCCAGAGUCUUCCAAGCUUUCUGAUCUGGAUGGGGAGACUCGCAGUAUGGUGGAGAAGAUGAUGUAUGAUCAGCGACAGAAGGAGUUGGGUCUUCCCACCAGCGAGGAUCGCAAAAAACAGGACAUACUUGAGAAAUUUAAGCAACAGCAUCCUGAGAUGGACUUCUCCAAGUGUAAAUUCAAUUAAUCUAACAUUCUCAACUUAACUUGUAAACUUUCGAUUUCGCACUCUUGUCACUUUUACACAUUUUAAAUGUAAAUCUUUUUCAUUUUCCAACCACACAAUAAACUAAUGCAAGC